AUGAAGAAACAAAAAAAGAAAAAAAGAAAAGAUGAUGACUACGAAUAUCAGUCAGAUGACACUGUCAUCCUUGAAACCAACACAAACAAUGAACCAAAACAAACAAUCGAUGUGCCACCGGGUAGAGAAGAAUGUCCCACAUUAAAGAGGACAGACUCAAUAGGAAUAGGAGCAUGGCUACGUUUCUAUAACAGUAUGGACAGUUGAAAUUAUUAAAGAUUUAAAUAUUAAAGAUUUCCUGUCCAGGAUUUCCUGUACAGUUUUAACUUGCUAGGAAGAUGCGCAGUAUAGAAAAACAGGGACAUGUUGCACCUUGAGUGGGUCUUCUGUAUUGAUCUUUAUUCUGUGGUGUAGUGGACUGGAGCACAGGUUAUAGUAUUAGGCUGGUUUAUAAAAUAACAUCAUUAACAUGUAGACAGUAUAACACAUGCUCUUGUGGAACUUAUUUAGAUCAGGGCAAAACAUCAUGUUCUUUCUUAUGUCUUGACCAAUCAACGUUGAGCCUUCGAAAAUCGUGGGGACAAACCUGUCCCCUUAUUGAUGAAUAUGAGAAUAUCCACAGGCAUCUUCCCAAUUAUGAAGUCUACUAUAUGACGCAAAGGAAGGGAUGCCGCCAAUUUAAAUAUCUUCGGGCAGUCAUCAUCAUCAAAGGAAACAGUGCAGAAUCUGACCUCUUGAUGCACGAUUGAUUGCGAUAAAACAUGGGCACACUCCUUUAUCAUGACAUAUUAACACUUCAUUGAGCCUGAACCGAAUGAAAAUGCCAAAUCUACGAUGCAGACAUGGAAUAAAAACAGUCGCUAUUUCCACAAUUUCACUAAUCAAUGCACGCCAUCAAAAAUUAUGGACACAACUACACGAGUGAAACAAUUUAAAACUGAAUUCCAAAACAUAUACAGACUGUUUUUAUUUCCCGUGCACGUCGUAAAUUUGGCAUAUCUUUUGCCGACACUCUUUGGACACCUCCACGUAACAUGUCUAGAUCAUGAUGUUUAAAAGCAUAUUAACGCGGACGCAGCGUAAUUAUUUUGAAAAAGAGUGAAGCUGUAUACUCCUCAUAAUAUAAUUAAUUCCGAUCUAACACACUCACAGCUAAAGCAAAGGGAAGAGCAAAACAAUGCCAAUGAACUGUUAUCAGAAAACUUUAAUUUCAAUAAAAUAUGAGAUUGUUUAUCAAACAAAAUAUGUAAAGUUUUAGCGCUAUAAUCCUAUAUAGCUUGAAUCUAUUCCCAAUCACAGGCAACAUGCCCCUUGUAAAGUGUUCAUCAAGUCCAUAUUUUUGUUAUGAUUCUCUGUUAAAUACCUAGGAGGAUUAUCUUUUUCUCUUUCUUGUUCACAUGUGUCCUGCCAAAUAUUAUAUAACAAAUUGUGUUCCUCAAAUUGUGUUAAUCCGUGCCGUCUUUGUAGGUGGUCCGAUAGUCUUGAAACGAUAACAUUGAAAUAGCGACAGCUGGGAACACGACAAGCUUGUCUUAUAUGCUGAUCACUUGAAGAUUUCGGUUUAAUAUUUCGUUUUUGUGAGUCUGGUGAAGGUAAUUUACCGUGCUCUUCUUUACUUAUCUCAAAGUGAACUCUUUUUAAAUGUCUAUCCAGUUGCUUAAAAAUAAUCCAUGUUGACUACACGAGGGCACUCAACAAACUCCACCAGUCAUUCCGUGGCGAUGUAACUGCAUCUAAAUAAAAAUUAAAAACCCAAGCAGUCAAGCACAGACAACGUGCUGUAGCAUAUGCAAAACGCUACGGUAACAAUACGAUCACCGAAGCAAAAAAUUAAUGCGGCCGCACUUAAUAUUUAUAUAUGGAUGUUUCUGGACCAUAAAGCCCCCUUCUUUGGCACAUUUUUUGACAUAAAAAAUUAGCAUUGGAUCUUUUGGUCUAAAUGUAUUUGCCGUAAUAAAUUUCUUGUUUGCUAUAAACCACGCAAUCAACAAUUAAUAUAACCAUUGGCAUUGCUAUAUAGGUUUGAGAAUUGUGACCUCAAUUAAACCAUUGCUAGGUUUGUAAGCUACUGCAAUCAAACUCAUUCUCCAGCAUAUAUUUUGCUAUUGUUUUAGGACGUUUGCAUGGGAUUGUUUUAACACCUACGUUCUGUCAUCAACACUAUCAUAAUAUAUAGUUAUAUAUAAAUACUGAAUCCGAAUAACAUUUUGAUUUAUUAGCUGGCCGUAAUAAGGCCACAGCUCUUAAAAUGCUAAUUUUCUGUGUUCGUCAACGACGAGAAAUUGAGUUUCUUUGGACACGCAAACGUAUCGCCUCAGGAUAAGUUCCAAGAUUGUUUGCAUUCCGCGCAUUUUAAUAGUCGCACCGAAAUCGCAGGGCCGUAGGUUCAAUUCCUACCAGAGGACCUUGUGCUGCAUUUUUUGCAGUUGUUCCUGGUUAGGUCUUAAAAUGUAUAUAUUCUCACUUGGAUUACAAACCCUAACAUUCUAAUAUUAAUUCCACCAAGUGAAGUGCAGAAUCCAAAUCAUUGAAGUCCACCUUAUCACAACCCGCUGUCACAAAUUAUUAAGCUAUUUAAUUGAUAUUAGUUAAUCUAUUAAUAAACGUUCAUGUGUGAACAUGCAAGGACCAUAUAUGGUAUUGUUAUGAUAGUAAAAAGGUUUUUGAUUGACAAGGACAAAGAGAGACAUGUAAAGUAAAAUUGCGAUGAAAUAUACUGCAUGUAUUAAUUAAAUUAAACAAAACAUUUAUUAAAUGCAUCAUACAGAGAGCCGGAUUGCAAAAACUUGCAAAUAAGGUCUUUUUAGAGAAGAAUAUUCAACCCAAAUGAUAAAUCAAAUCGGGCUUUGCCUUUGUAUCAGAAUUUGAACCGCAACUCACUCGAGUAAAGUAAAAUUGCGAUGUGCUUUAAUAAUACUGACCACUCUAAAUAAUACUGACCAUUCCAAUUUGCAUUUGUUAUUUGGCAUGAAGAAUAUAUUUCAUAGCAUGUCGCAUGAAAAAUUGUCAGCCGGUGAGAGGCGAAAGGCCCGUAAAAUUUACUGUAAAUCACUGUAGCAGGCGAAAAGCCAGUAGGAUUUAAAUCACUGUAGCAAAAGUUCUGUGUAUGUACGUACAACGCACCAUAAUGCAUUGCGCUUGAGCUCGAUGAGCCACCAAACUGUGGGGCUCGCUCAGGCUUGCCCCAACUAGAGCGGGAGUAGAGCACACUUGUCAAAUACUGCAGCGUUGUGUCAUUCCGUUGUAAUAUAGGCCUACAAUACAAUAAUUUUUACACUAUUUACGUUUUGUGAUAAUCAUAAUAAAUCCGAUACAAUUUAUACACAUAGGCCUAUGUGUAUAAAUUGAAUGUAUAAAUAUUGAUUUAGUACAUUACCUCGGGCUGACCGAUUCAUUUCAUCAAGUUCCUUGAGAUAUUCAUACACUUCCUGUGAAAGAGCCAAUUCCAAGUAUUUGAUCAUUUCUGGUCACUUCCUGUCUAUUUAUGAUUGGUUAGUUGCACAAACAACAAAGGUGAUUGGUGCAUUCAAACUAUUCAACAGGAAGUUUACAAUUAUACUAGGAAGUGUAUGAAUAUCUCGAGGAACUUGAUGAAAUGAAUUGGUCAGCCCAAGGUAAUGUAUUGAAUCAGUAUUUGAGCAACACUUCAAUUGGAACGACAGUAAUACAAAUAAUUUAACAAGAAUCUGCCUAGCCGAGAUCUCACUUGAGUCAAAGGGGAUGCCCGGAUAACCGGGCUGAAAUUUCUCCAUGUAAAGUCACCAGCUCAGGUAACCUCCUGGCUAGCCAGGCCUUCAGCCUGGUUAACCGGGCCAGCCUGCAUGACUAGCCGGGCUCAUGUAAACAGCCCCUACGGUGAUAGCAACAAUAAUAUACUUGGUGCUAAAUGUAACAUAAACUUGAGUAACAGAGAAAAUUAAUUCUCAUCUUCAGAUUAUUUUCCCCUCAUUGUAGAGUAAACUGUUAAUAUGUAUCUUAAAAACUAGAGUGUAUAUUAGAAUCUCACAGAUUUAUAAUUUAAACUGUCGUUAAGAUAAAUCAGGUGUUUUAUUGUCUGUUUUGUAAAUGAAGUUCCCUGAUUCAUCCAAGCAUUGAUCUUUAAACUAUUUUUCCAAUAUCAAUGAACAGUCAUGAUAAUGUCAUAGGAGGCCUUGUCACUUGUGAUACCAAAUUUGUAAAGUCAUUAUCCCUAAAAUUCAUUUUUGAAGAAGUAGGUCCAGCAAUUUCUUUCAUAUCACAAUAUUAUUUUAUAUUAAACGAUUGUAGGCCAAUAUGCCAAGUUGAAUUUAAUACACGGUAUUGAAUAGUUGAUCACAGAUUCACAGAAGGUUCGAUGAACUCGAUUUAUUUCCUUCAUUGUUCAUGGCAUUCACGUCCUUAAUCCUUUUGUACACCAUGAAAUAUCACCAACCUAUCACUCAAAACAUAUUUUACGGCGAUCGGACUAACCACACAUAAGCUAUAUAACUUUAUAUGUUUAUCACUAUUCGCCAAAGACCGAGGUGAAAUUAAUCGAUGUAUGACAAUGGCCAAAUUCAACGCUUAAAUUCGUUUCUCAUCCUCAUAGUGAAGGACAACCUCUUCUUUAUGAUAUUUCAAAGUAUCAUGAGUUUUGCUUGGAUACAUAAAAAGCUAGAGCACUUUUAGUGGCUCUAUUUCGUAUUCCGCCAUAUUAACUCCUAUAAAAUAUCCUCUGGUUUGGUUGCUUUCAACAUGGUGGCCACGCCGGAAGUCGGGCUGACAUUCUGGCACUUUUUACCCUUGAGUGAACCUUCUGCCCUAUAUCUAUUCUGUGCUGUAACUGUUUGAGUGCAAGGGUUAACAGUAUACAUAAAAGCAACAUAUUGCAUGGGGUUAUACCAAAAUUUCUAAUAUUUAUUCAAACAUCUGUAAUAUAGACUAUUACUUUCUUUACAAAUUUUCAAUAAAGUGAAUCCACAACUUUUGUUGUAUUUUUUUGGUGUUACAUGUAAAUAUGUCAAUCAUCGUUAAUUAUUGCAAAAUGCAAAGUGGGCGGUAGAGCGUUUUGACAUGAAUUCAAGAUGGCAUCGGGCAAAUGUGCAUAAUUAUUUCCUCGAUUUAGCCACAUGUAGCUGUUGUUUGUAAUUUCGUAUAAAAGCAGCAGGCCUUUUCCUCUUCCUAUUGGUGUUUCCAGCUUCAUGGUUCAUGCGAUCUCUGCCAGGCGUGGAACAAGCAUGUAGACCAAAUGUGUGAUGACCAAGAACUACAUAUUUGCUGCUGUUUACUAUUAAAAGAAAACUUUACAAAAAACUCCUUCUUUAUACAACCUCUGCUGGAGUAGAGAAAUGUGAAAUUUUCCACAUUCUUUGCCACACUCUCUCUCUCUCAGGUUUCAGAAAAGGAAAGGAUAUCGACACCACGCACUUAGCACAGCUACGAAACAAUAUGGAGUUUGUGAGCUAUUGUUCAACUAUAGCACAACGAAGUGCCAAACGUUUUACUGCUAAUGGCAAUCAUGAUUCGGAAAUGAACGAACUUAAACAGAAUCUAGAGAGAUUUGCUGAAAAUAUCACCAACAGACUGGAGGUACUCAAUGAGGAAGUAAUAAACAUUAAAGCGAACAAGGUUUAUAAUUCGAUUGCUGUUUUGGAGGACAUGGUUAAUGAUUUAAAGAAUGAAAAAGCCAAUCUAAUCAAUGAAAACACAGUAUUAAGAGAGACAAAUGAAACCCUAAGACGUCAUGGCAUGUCUGAUCUGAAAUCGAAGAUGUGA